GUACUUAUUCGUAUGCACAAGUUAUCGAUCCUCACGGUGAGAAGCCUACGAACCCAAUGCUGCCACCCAUAUCCUGUCGUGUUGCCCUUUGAUUAGCUCGACCAAGAAGUAACAAUGGCCUUUUACUUUUCGUUGUUAGGGUCGUUGUUACCAAUUAACCUCCAACAAUACAAAACUGUCAAAACACACCCUUUUACUUUUCCAAUUUUACAAACAAGGAUAACGUGUUACAAACUCCCCUUCUCUUCAAAACAAACUUGUCCUCGAGUGUGAAAGUCAGAGUUGUUAAUAGAGUUAUAUUGUUAAAUAAACUUUUCGAUAGAUGAAAAUGAAGAUUUUGAAAUAAUUUUUUUUAGGGAUAAUACCCUAGUUUGGCCCGAAGUUUAGCGUAAGUGACAAUUUUGGCCCCAUUUUUCAAAUAAGACAUUUAUGACCUACUUUUGAAAUUAUUAGACAAAUUUGGCCCGCCGUUUGGAUUGACCGUCAAACCUGACGGUCAAACAUUCUCGACUUUAUUGACUCAGCAAAAACAGCUGAUAUGGCAAUGACAUGGCUGCCACGUCAUUUUCAAAAAAUUAAAAAUAAAAUAAAAACAUGAAAAUGAAAUAAAAAAAAUAAAAACAUGAAAAAUAACCCUUGAACUUGAAGCACUCUCCGUCUCCGCCCUCCGCCCUCCAAUCCUCCGGGGAAAACAAAGAACACCCCUCUGCCCUCCAAUCCUUUGAUUGCAUCAAUUUCAAUCUCAGGAUUUUUCGACCGUCGGUGGGGGAAAUGGCAGAUUGGAUUGUGAAAGGAAGCAGCAUUGGCAACGAGAGAUGAGAGGUGGCGGUGGUCAACGGAACUGGAAAAAUAGAUGAGCUUCGACGAAUGCCGGUAGGCGACUGAGGCAGGGGAGAUCGACGGGAGACUUGUCUUUGCCUCUCUGCUCGCCGAAGACAAAUUUUGUAGGCGAUUACAAGCAUUCAGACCACCGACCCUCCUAUCUCUCUUCCCCCGCCGUAACAACUCUAGAUCUGACACAAGAUCUUGCACCACUUCAACUUACAGACGCUCCUUCGCCUCAAUGUCGCUGCAGAUCCCAUCUUGGAGACUGGAUGGGCUUCCAAGGGCGAUGCCGACGACUCGUCAGAUUGCUUCCGCCUCCCGCGCCGGACUACGCCUCCCUCGAUGAGAAAUUCGCGCGUGCCAAGACGAGGGACUCACCGUCCUCAUUGAUUUCGACUGAUAGCAGCACAACAGUAAACGCCAAACUGGAGGGGGAGAAGCAGAGGGAUUGGAGCUCAACGAAGCAUAGAAGCGGCGGGAGGCAGUUAGUGGAGGCAGUGGGAGAAGGGGAGUUGCUAGGGAGAGGGAGGCGAAUCGUCGUUCUGGAGAAGAUAAGUAGGGUCGCAGUGGCCAAUGGGGGUUUCACCGGAGAUAAGUGGAAGAAGACGAUUGGAUUUGCGGAUCGGAUGUAUUUUUUUUUUCUUCUGAAAAUGACGUGGCAGCCACGUCAUUGCCAUAUCAGCAGUUUUUGCUGAGUCAAUAACGUCGAGAAUGUUUGACCGUCAGGUUUGACGGUCAAUCCAAAUGCCGGGCCAAAUUUGUCUAAUAAUUUCAAAAGUAGGUCAUAAAUGUCUUAUUUGAAAAAUGGAGCCAAAACUGUCACUGACGCUAAACUUCAGGCCAAAGUAGGGUAUUAUCCCUUUUUUUUAUGUAUAGCUAUGUUUGUCGGACUUGGAUCGUGGUGAUUGGUGAAUUAAUUUUUUUUUAUGUAUAGCUAUGUAUAAUUUUUUUUUUUUACUCAUAUCAAUUCAUUCGAUGACUCUCGUACUAAAUAUUUGUAUUUAAUGAAUUAAAUUACUGACUCAAGUAUUUUAUGUAUUAAUUUAUUUCUAGGUAACAAAAACAAGUAGAAAGUCUACUCUACCAUACUCCUAAUAUAGCCUUCAUUUCCUAUUUCUUUUUGUUUAUAAUCUAUGAUAUCAACUCAUGUGUGUCGUAAAUAUCUAUUACUAACCUAUCUAUGAAAAAAAAAACUCAUUGGGUGUUGUGUCACAUACAUUCUGCUAAUUAGACGGUUCAUUCAGUGAUAAAAAAAAAAUGAACACGAUUCAUCCAUUUAUACUGAAUUUACCAUUUUAUUCAAUCUCAAUCGGAUGGAAUUUUGAUACGUACAAAGAUUAUAAAAAUAAUGUAUAUAUGCCAAAAUACAUUUAUUUAUUUUCUUAAAAUGAAGGAACUUUAUGAAGGGGAUAAACCACCAAUGUACAACUUGUGCUAAUUAUAACACUUAAUUUUUGUAUCUCAAUUUCGCCAUCCUAAUUAUUCUUCAUUUCUAUUUUUUUUGUUUACUAUUUUUUGUUGUUGUUUAUAAUCUAUAAUCUCAACUCAUGUGGGUUGUUUCACAUCCAUUCUACUAAUUAGAAGGUCCAUUCAGUGAUACAAAAUCAACGCAAUUCAUCCCUUUUAUACUGAAUUUACUAUUUUGUCAAAUCUUAAUUGGAUGUCAUUUUGAAACGUAAGUAGGUGAUAAAAAUAACGUAUAUAUGCCAACAUAUCUUUAUUUUCUUAAAUAUUGAAGGAACUCUAUUAACAAGAUAAAUCACCAAUGUACAAUUUGUGCUAACUAUAGCACUUAGUUUUGCCUCUAAUUUCACCAUCCUACAUCUUGUUUUUUUGGGUACUAUUUAUAUAUACAAAAAACGGGCACAGAAAUUGUCUACCCAAAAGAAUGUCAUCAUACUAGCUAGACUUACAAGAAGUCAAAACUCCCUAUAAUAAGAUUGCUUAUGUGGCUGACCUUAGAUUAGGAUUCACAUUAUGUACCAAAAAUUCGAGUUCAAGUUUGAUUACACCUUCAUUAAUCAUGCACCUCCAAGAGAAGCCGUUGGGAUAGAGGUAGACCCAUGAUUCCACAAGUCUUUCAACUCACCUCUUAUAAGCCCCAACACCACGCAAACCCCUAUAGGGAAAACGACAUGACUUGUAAAUACUUAGGAAUAAGAUUGUGUCGAUAACUCUAGUUGUUAUAGAUACUAUAUCAUUUACCAACUCACGAUUAUUUGAUAAAAUGAGCUUUGAUUUUAUGUCAAAAAAUUAAUUAAUCAUAAUAACUUGAAUUGUUGAAAGAGAUUAAAUAUGAAUCUUAUACUAUUUACCAAAAUAAAUGGCUUAAUCACUA